AUGCUCAUUCAGCCACCUUUCGACUUCAACACAGCUGACUCCGGCCUCUCCACUGUCAUUGUCGCCGCUUCCGGUGCCGAUUGGACCAUUGCUAUGUGCAGUCCAUCGAGCCACUAUGUCUCGCUCUUCGUAUCGCUAUUAUGUGUCGACAUUCGAGCCGCAAUGGAGUACCGAUCUCAAAAGGGUCAUGCAACUCGGAAUCGGAAAACUCAAAAAACUAAGGGUCAUGCGACGGAGUAUUUCACCGACCGGCGCAAGAUCGGGGAGGGCGUCUACGGGCCGGUGUACAAGUGUCACCUAGACCACACGGCAGUGGCGGUGAAAGUUCUCCGGCCAGACGCGGCCCAGGGGCGGUCGCAGUUCCACCAGGAGAUCGAAGUGCUGAGCUGCAUCCGCCACCCGCACAUGGUGUUGUUGCUGGGUGCCUAUCCGGAGUACGGCUGCAUCGUGUACGAGUACAUGGCCAACGGCAGCCUCGAGGACCGCCUCUUCCGGCGUGGCAACACGCCGACGGUCCCCUGGAAAUACUGCUUCCGCAUAGCCGCUGAGAUCGCCACCCCGCUACUUUUCCUCCACCACAUGAAGCCCGAGCCACUCGUUCACAGGGAUCUCAAGCCGGCCAACAUCCUUCUCGAUCGGAACUACGUCUGCAAGAUCGGCGACGUCGCGCUCGCCUACCUCGUGCCGCCCUCUGUCACCGAUAGCGUGAUGCAGUACCGUGUCACCUCCACCGCUGGCACUUUCUGCUACAUCGACCCGGAGUACCAGCAGACGGGGAUGCUCGGAGUGCAGUCCGACAUCUACUCCCUCGGCGUCAUGCUGCUGCAGAUCAUCAUCACCAAGCCGCCGAUGGGGCUCACCCACCACGUCAGCCGCACGAUCGAGCACGGGGAGCUCGAAUCCAUGCUCGACCCGGAGGUAGCCGAUUGGCCCGUCCACGAGGCGCAGCGCUACACUGAGAUAGCGCUCAAGUGCGCGGAGCUCCGGCAGAAGGACUGGCCGGAUAUGGAGAAGGCAAUUCUGCCGGAAUUGAACCGGCUGAGGGCGCCAGGAGAUUGCAACUUCGUCUUCUACCUCAUCAGGACUCCUACGGAUGGUUCGCCUGGCUGUCAAGUUUCUCAUCAGGUGAACCAUUUCAUCGCACCCUAA